UUUGAAAUGCCUCAUCGUAUUAUCCAUAGGUGUGACGCGUACACCAAGUUAUGUUGUUUGUUCCCGGAGACGACGCCCAAAUUUUUAACCGAGUGUGCGUGAGAAAUUAAGGUUAAGUCAUCACUUGUUGACAACGUUUUUACUCCAAAAAAAAUAAAUUUAUUGACAUAGAAAAAUUACCCAAAAAAAUGGCAAUUCUCCAGUCAUUUUGGACACCGUGCAUUUGGACAAAUGGAGUGAAAAAUGGCUGUAGAGUCGUUGCAUUUUAUACAAUCGCUGUUUGUAUAAUAUUAAUAACCCUAAUAAUAUAUCAAUUAAGAGGAGGAGAUUCAGCACAACUUUAUAAUCCUCUUUUUGAAGCUGAUGUAAGAAGUUCUAUGAAAGUAUACGGAUCAUUAUUCAUUGUAUAUUUCUUUUUACUUAUUACUUCCUCUGGACUGAUAUUUUACGGACUGAGAGAAAGUGUAAGAGGCUAUCUACUUCCAUGGCUCAUUUUAAUGUUCAUCGUCAUCCUAUUCCAACUAGUGUUUGGUAUAUGGUUACUUUAUGGUUAUUACAUUUAUCUCGACUCCGUACUUCCUGCACUGUGGAAUUGGCUGUGGAUGGGUUAUAAUAUUUACUGUUGGCUCUGCGUUUACUCGAUGUACAAAAUCUUUGAAGAACUUCAGUCUCCUAAUAUUGAAUUAUUAUGGCCUUAGAAAAAAAAAAAUAUGCCAUGGAAGUAAAGAAGAAA